CUCGUAAUUAUUGAUGACAUGCCCGCUGUUGAUGGGCCUCUAGCCUCGGUCUCUCCGAAGGAUCCGGUGAAUCCCCCCGGGAGGAAUUACCCCGGGAGAUCCGUCAGCUCUCCUUUGCCCCCGGCGCUUCGUUGAUGCACGGCACUGCCGAGCCGAAGGCCUUCCUGCGGGGCAUCACCUCGAAGAUGGACAGGGAAGUCUUCGAGACCUACGAUGACGAUGCCCUCGAGAACAGGAUCCUCCGCUCCUCGCUCACUGCCUGCAUAGCCCUCGGGGAACAGGCCCGGAGGCGCGAGGAAAGGCGUCUUCACGAGGCCGCCCAGGAUAAGAAGGUGGAGGGGCUGAUCCGUAAGAACUCCGAGGCGGUGAAGCAUGCUGCCCAGCUGGAGGGGGCCCUUCGGGAGGCGAAGGCGGCGGCGGAGAAGGCCAAGGCUGAUGGUAUAGCCGAAGGCAAGGCAGAGGCCGAGAGGGCUGCUGCCGAGGCGGCGAAGAAAGCCGCCGAUGAAGCCCAAACUGCUAAGGAGAGAGCUGCGGCCGAGGCCCGAGGGGAGGCAGUUGCGGAGUUCCUUGCUGAGGGCUGGAGGGCCGAGGGCCAUAAGGAGUGGGUUGCCUCCGUGGUGGCAGCCUCGGUGGACGCUUGGGUAGAAGGCCCCGGGGUUGACUGGCUGACCGAUAGGGGCGACGCCUACUAUCAGGGGGGUGAGUUUUUUACCCAGCACCUGAUAUACCGGAGGCUCGCCAGGCACUUCGGUGUAUCCCUCGAACAAUUUGACCCCUCGGUAUACGGCCUCCCUCCGUUGCAACCAGAUGUCAGAGUUCCCCUCCCCCCGGGUGAAGAGCGGCCAACAAUCUAUGAUUCUGUGAUGAUGGGGGGUGACGGGGUUGGAGCCGUCGGGGGUGAUGCUGCCGGAGAAGAAGUCUCCUCCAAGGCUGUCGUGGAAGAUGCCCCCGGUGACAACGAGGCUGAAGCUGCCGAGAAGACUAUUACUUAGUCAAUUUUUUUUUUAAAAAAGCCUUGUAAUGAAACUUUUGUUGCCCCUCGGCUUUGGCCACAC